CUUUCAAGUUACAAGUUUCAAAGUAGAUGAACUUGGACCAGACUAUGCAGAGAACUUCUAAACUGGAGUAUUCAAACAGCUCGGUUGUUGAAUCAACAUGGAAGCGACGACACUCAUUCAGAGCAGCAAGAAUUGCAAUGAUAUCUACCAUCAUUAUCACGUUCCUCAUAUUCAUCAUUUACAUAGACAUGUGCUAUGGAACAGUUAGUGGUUACUUGGAUGUUUCUCACCCCAUCCUCUGGUACCUUGAGUUGGUCAUCACUGGUGUGUUCCUGUGGAAGCUUGUUUUAAAUCUGUCAAAUAUCAUCACAUACCUGAAAACCAAUGUAUUCGGGAACAUCAUCGAGCUGUCAUCACAACAGCGGAUCUUGCUUGGUGUUCGUGAAAGUGAAAAAGGUUUUCGGACGUCUCCUGUUAAACCUGCACCAGUGAGUGAGCCUUUUGAGAACAUCGGCCUGUUUACUCUCGGCAGUCCGGUCUCCCCGGCACACACUAGUUACUCGAGCGACGGCUCCCACCACAGUCCCAGCUUCUACUCGCCCAGCCCAUACGGAGUCGGCUACAGCUUCCUCGGCUCAUCGCCUUCUACUUCACUAGACAGAUCUGCUAACAUUAGUGGUGGUAACAUACCAUAUGGGAUGUCAAACCUAUCAUAUGGGACUCCAAAUCUAUCAUACGGGACACCGAACUUAACAUAUGGGACACCAAACUUAUCGUAUGGGAGUCCGAACCUGUCUUAUGGGAGUCCGAACUUGUCUUAUGGGACUUCGAAAUUCGAUAUGAAUGAACAGAGUGGAUUGAGGUCUCGCGCUGGUUUCUCAAGCAUAAAGAGUUCUCCAGAGGACAACAUCACUGAUAUGUACCAUCUGAGUCAAUACCUUCGAGAGCAACAAGACAAAGAAAGGAGGAGUAUGCAAGCAUCUCCUGAAAACCUGAGUGGUGGAUCUCCUUCAUUCUGGAGUUACGGGGUAAGCCCGAUGGACUGCAGUAAUGUUCUGAAGAAAUAUCAGUACCAAGUGGCAGCCUUCUCUCCACAGUCCCUUGUCACCAAAAGCAGUCACAGUGAUCUGUCCAUGCUGACAGGCAGUGAAGAAGUUUGGAACAAACUGGGUGUAACAGAGGACAACUUGUACUUGUGGACAGAAAGACUGAGAAAAUGGCUUAGUCUAACAGUUAUAUCACGGUUGUCUAAAGAAAUUGAUGAAAUCAACAAAGAACUUGAAAGGAUUGGCUGUGAAGAUAUGCAGGUUGGAGAGGUGAGCAUAUCUACACUGAAACAACUGGCACUAACAAAGGGAGCCUGCAUCCCGUCUUUGAACACCAUCGUGCCAUACCUGGAUUUAUCGGCCAAUCAGGAAUACGUUGUGAGACGAAUUAAAGAGCUGGGUACUGGAAGCAUGUCGGAGUUUACCUGGAAUAGUGGCGGUCAGUAUGGUAAGCGGUGGGAGGAACACCUGCCCACUGAUGCUGCACUGGUGAUGCACUGUAUGUGUACAUACCUCGACAUGCGGCUACCCGCCCAUCCGAAGUACCCAGAUGGGAAAACAUUUACAACUCAGCACUUCCUGAAAACUCCAGACAAGCCAAAUUUGGAAAAGAAGGAUAACAUGUUUCUGUACCAGACCAGUAUCAAUUCACCUCAUUUCCAAGUUGUUAUUGGCCAAGAAGUCCUGAACCUUCCUAAGGGAAGAAACAAUAUGUUUCAUUCCAUACUGCUGUUUUUCUACUAUAUCAAAGAGAAGCAAGCAGGCAUGCUUGGUCGUGUAAAUUUAGGCAUGUCUGGACUGAACCUGUUGUGGAUAUUUAACUGAUGAAGAAGGAAGUUCAACACAAACACUCACAGUGCAAUAUUUCAAAUAUGUGUUAUUUCAGAAAACAGUGCUGAACACGUAGGAAAGCACAUUGUUAAGUUGAAUCACUGACAGUUUUUAAUUGAACAUUUCCACUCAAACAUUACAUAGAAGUCAAUCAUCACCAUCCUCUUCAUCUGUGUAAAAUACAUAUUCAUUUCACUCAUUCAUUUUUGGUUCUCUUUUUUAAUGGCUUUGACACUCAAUAGCUUAUGCAUGCUGGGGUGUUUCAUCUUUCAGCAUUUGCAGUUUGCAUCAGCAUUGACACACACUAUUAAAAAUACUAUUAGGAAUGUGAACCUGGAGGGGUGGGUGGCUCGUACCUCCAUCUCUUAAAGCCAAAAAUAUUUACUUUUUUAUUCGUCCAAUUAAAGCAAAAGAAAAUGUGGUUGUGCCGGCACCCCUAAGUCUCCACUUUAAUUAAUAUCAUCAGAAUGGGAUUGUGGAUGCAUGGAUCUCACUCAUUUCUGUUUUACAGUGUCUAUUUUUGUAAUAUUAAAGUCUGAAACUAGAA